AUGGCAGGCUGGAUUAUGCGCGAGAACCGCGUGCCUCACUAUCAGCGCGAACACCAAAGGCACGAUGGACUGAGGACCUGGGAGAAGGGCCGCGGCAAGUGGAUGGUCCCCGGCUACAAGAUGCUCAUGUACACCAGCUUUGGUGCCAGUAUGUACAUGAUGACCCGCCUUGUCCUCGGACACAAGACCUGGUACAACAAGAACUAG